UGAAUGAUGAGGAUUACCAAGACCUCCCCACACUUGGAAGGACCCACGUAGCUCUCCCUAGCGUGCGUGACCCCGCCAAUCCUGGUACAACAAACGAGUAUAACUGCCACCCCCGCGAGCGCCCUCCUUCACUCUUCACCAAAGCCACACCACUGUGCCAUCGAGCUAUUGAAUGGGUGAAACUGUACUGCCUACCGUCGAGGAGACCGCUCCCCAAGAAACUGAACCCCCUAUAGGUGGUUUAAAUGGGCUAAAUACAUCUCACCAUCAAAGGCAACAUCAGCCGAAGAGCAACGGCGAUUCUCCAUCUCCGCUCCACGCCCCGCACACCCUCUCCUUCGAAGAAGUUGCAGAGGCUCUGCGCGUCGAUAUCAACCAUGGACUCAGCACUGCUGAAGCGGAAUCCCGCCUCGGGCUCUAUGGAUCUAACAAGGUUAAGGGAGCUGAGGGGCUUUCCAUGUGGAAGAUUCUCAUGAGGCAGAUCUCGAACAGUCUUACUUUCGUCCUCAUCAUCGUAAUGGCCAUAAGCUUUGGCAUUGACGACUACAUCGAAGGCGGCGUAAUCACUGCAGUCAUCCUACUCAACAUUGUCGUUGGUUUCUGGCAAGACUAUCGUGCUGAAAAGACGAUUGAGUCUCUUAAGAAGCUCACCGCCCCAGAGGCUACCGUCACUCGAAAUGGCAUACCCGAUCAGAAGGUCAAGGCUUUAGACCUUGUACCUGGUGACAUUGUGCAACUCAACGUUGGAAGUAUUGUCCCUGCUGACCUCCGUCUCAUCGAUGGUGUGAACGCCUUCACCAACGAAGCCUUCCUCACAGGUGAAUCCCUCCCUGUCGAGAAGACACCCCACAAGAAGUUUGAUGACGCCGACAUCGCCACUGCUGACCGCACCAACCUCGCUUUCUCUGGAAGCGAGAUGACCUCCGGCCGAUGCCGUGGUAUUGUCGUUGCAACCGCCAUGGACACUGAAGUGGGCCAGAUUGCCACCAUGCUCCGUCAGAAGAAAGACGAGAAGGCGCAAUCUCAAGGCUUCUUCGCUAAGCUGGUCUGGAGAUUUUUGAACGGCCUGAAGACCAUUCUUGGCCUGGUGGGAACACCACUGCAAAUCACCCUCAGCAAAUUCGCUCUCUUGCUAUUCGGUCUCGCCAUCCUCCUUGCUAUCAUUGUUUUCUCUGCAAGCAAGUGGGUAGUUGGUGGCGAAGUCCUCAUCUACGGUAUCUGUGUGGCCGUCGCGGUCAUUCCAGAAUCCCUCAUUGCCGUACUUACCAUCACUAUUGCGGUCGGUGGAAAGGCCAUGGCCAAGGCCAACGUCAUCACCAGGGUCCAGUCUGCCAUCGAAGCUGUCGGAGGUGUCACGAACAUCUGCUCUGACAAGACUGGUACGCUGACUCAAGGUCGCAUGGUCUCGAAGAAGGCCCUCAUCCCAGGUAUCGGUAUCUUCUCCGUUGACAGCAUCACCGACCCUUACAACCCAGGAAGCGGCCAAGUCACCCUCGACGGCCAAGUACUCGCCCUGGAGGCCUACAGGCCUGACACUGUGCUUGCUCGCUUCCUCCGCACAAUCGCUCUUUGCAACAACUCCAAGGUGCUACCUGCGCAAGAUGCCGACCUCGAGACACGUAGUGAGAAGAAGGCUGGCCUUGACCGCUACGCCAGUGAUAAUAAGAGCGAGACCGAUACUUCCACCAUUGAGUCUAUCUCACGGCCACCCACUGCUAUCUUAAACAACCCCAUGACCGGACCAUGGAAGGCAUACGGCGAACCGACUGAGAUCGCUCUGCACGUUCUUGCAUUCCGCUUCAACAUGGGCAAGGAGAACCUACUCAACUCACUCAACGUCUCUCUCGCCACGGAGUUCUCUUUCGACUCGACAGUCAAGAAAAUGACUGUCGUCUACAGAGACAACACCAACCACAACCUCGACGUCUACACAAAGGGAGCCACUGAAUUCAUGCUUCCUGUUCUCAACGUCACUGACCAGGAGCGUGAGGGUAUCUUGCAGGCCGCCGAAUCGAUGGCCAACGAAGGUCUCCGCGUGCUCUGUAUCGCCCAUAAGACACUGCUCCCUGGUACUGACAUCCACGAGCGUGCCACAGUCGAGAAAAACCUUAACUACAUCGGUCUUGUCGCCAUCUACGACCCGCCUCGCCUGGAAACCAAGGGUGCUGUCCGUGAAUGUAAGGUCGCUGGUAUCACUGUGCACAUGCUCACAGGUGAUCACCCUGGUACGGCUCGAGCUAUCGCCCGUGACGUUGACAUCAUCAACGACUCCACUCCCGCAUCCGCUGUCAUGGUAGCUCGCGAGUUUGACGACAUGACGGAGGAACAGAUCGACGCCAUGGAAACGCUACCCCUAGUCAUCGCUAGAUGCAGCCCUAAGACUAAGGUCAAGAUGGUUCAAGCUCUGCACCGUAGGCAGCGCUUCUGCAUCAUGACUGGUGACGGUGUCAAUGACUCACCUGCCCUCAAGCAAGCUAACGUCGGAAUGGCUAUGGGUACUGGUAGCGAUGUCGCCAAGGAUGCCGCCGAAAUGGUAUUGACUGACGAUAACUUCGCUUCAAUUGUCAAAGCGGUUGAAGAAGGUCGCCGCCUCUUCGACAACAUCCAGAAGUUCUUGAUGCAUCUUCUUAUCUCCAACAUCGCUCAGGUUAUCCUUCUAUUGAUCGGUCUCGCCUUCAAGGACAAUGACAACCACUCUGUCUUCCCCUUGUCGCCCAUCGAGAUUCUCUGGGUCAACCUCAUCACGUCCUCAUUCCUCGCCAUUGGUCUCGGUCUUGAAGAGAAGCAGGAGGACAGCAUGUACCGCCCACCCCACGACGUCAAAGCCGGUGUGUUCUCCAAGGAGCUCAUCACCGAUAAGUUCAUCUACGGCUUCUUCAUGGGCGCGCUCUGUCUCUUCUCGUUCGCCAUCGUUGCCUACGUCGGCCCUGGUGGUGGUAACCUCGGCUCUGGCUGCAACGAAGGCUUCAACGAUACGUGUGACGUUGUGUUCCGCGCUCGCGCUACAACGUACACUACUAUCACCCUCCUUCUCCUCGUCACGGCCUGGGAGGUCAAGCACUUCGCCCGCUCUUUGUUCAACAUGUAUCCCAACACAGAUCAGAACGUGCCACGCGGUUUAUCUGUCUUCCCCACGCUAUGGCGCAAUCGCUUCCUCUUCUUUGCUGUCAUUGCGGGUCUCGUUAUGAUGUUCCCGAUUGUGUACAUCCCCAUUAUCAACGAGAAGGUGUUCAAGCACGGUCCUAUCACGUGGGAGUGGGGCGUCAGCUUCGGCUGCGUUGUGCUGUACGUCUCGGCGAUUGAGACGUGGAAGAUGAUCAAGCGCCGCUUUGGCAUCUGGAGUGGUGCGCAUAAGGUCAUCUCUAGGGAGGAUGCUGAGGCUAGGGUGGGACUGGAUGUUGCUACUGUGCAGAGGAUGAGCGAGAAAUAAGGAGGCGGAUGGGGAUGGGUAAAUGUCAGAAGGGUCUCAUUGUUAUUUCUUUGUAUCGACACUGGUCUGUCUUUACUGACGC